GUAUCGUGCACCUCUCUAAUUUAAAGGCGCGAACUUCAUUAUUUUUUGUUCUGUCUGAAUCUAAGUAGGUAAUUUGUUGAAUUUGUGUUGUUAUCUGCAUUAAUUCAAAAUGCAAUCAAAUAUGAUUUCACCAUUGCUAAAUUCAAGUCGAGGAGCAAGAUUUCUCGAUCUUGUGCGACAAAAAACACCAAAUUUAUCGCCUCAAAUAGAAGAAUCAAAAAAUAUAAAAAUUUCUGCAUCGAAGAUAAAAGAGGAAAAAUCUAAAAAUGAAAACGAGGGCGAUAGUAACUUUUUAACAUUCUCUUCUGAAUUAAAAUACAAUCCUAAUGCCAGUCCACGUUCUAGUAUUUUGAGUAAAAAAAGAAGUUUCGUUUAUAACUCUGGCAUCUCUCCUUCAUCAUCAGUAAAAAGGAAAAGAGUCGGGUUUAGAGAUCCCGUUGCAUCAACAAAGAAAUAUAUUGUAGAUGAAGAAGAACCGAUCCAUAAAUCUAACAAUCUCAUCAGGUGCCUCGUAUACGAUAAUGAAAAUAUCCAGGAUUACGGUGAAUUUGAAUCUAACAAGGAAAAUGCAGAGGAUUUAAUGAAUAAUCGAGAGUUAGAUAGUAAAGAAUUGCAAAAUGUUUUGUCAGUAAAUUUGGAGCAGCCUCAGCAACUGUCCGACGUCACAACGUCUGAAAUCACAAAACCAACUUCGAAUAAACUUAUUUUCAAUGAUAAAGAUGAGCUCUUGGAAUAUGUUUCAAAAAAUAUACCAUUUAAUGAACUAUUUGAUAAAUAUAAUCAAAAAGAGGAUGAAUCAUUGAGCAAGAAAAAAAAUCUUGUAACAGAUGUUGCUGAAAAAGUGGGCUUUGAAUAUUUAUUUGAAGAAUAUUUUCCUUUACAUGAAUCUCAGGACACUAACAUGUCUGCUAAGCAACACAAGUUAGUUCUAGAAAUGUUAAAUUCAUUGUCAAAGCUCAUGGCAAUCAAUAGAAAUGUGAAGCAUCGAGCAUUAGCCUUGCUGUCUGAUAAUCAUUCCGAUGAUUUUUUGGAGCACGCCUUGAGAGAAAAUUCUACGAAGCGUGUCUGUGAUAAGAUUUCAGUUCCCAACAUCGUAGGGUAUCUUAUACACAAAGUAAACAUAUCUGAAAACGUUACAUAUGAAGAAGACAUAAACAAACUUAAUAAAACGUUAAUUUAUCACUUGAUUAAUAACACCCAUACAAACCAUCUUGAAAUUGUGAAUGACACAAAAGAAAUUCAUCAAUUAUUAAAUCUCUUAUUCAAAAAUAAAUCUAAGCUAGAGAUUUUAGAUACUGCUCACGAGUUUGUUCAAAAUAUUGUUAAACAUAGGUUUUAAAACUUCAAUUUCAAGGAGUUGCAUUUUUUAACAUUAAUUUUCAAUAAUUUGUGUUUCACUUUUUUAAUUAUUAGUUAUUAACUGAUAAGAAUAUCUUUUUAAAGAAAGUUAUGCUUUGUUUAAUGUCCCAUAUUUAAAUAUUAAAGAUAAAAUCCAACUCAAAAAAAUUUAAAUAAAUAGGUACAUCUUUAAUUUCAAUGAAUUUAUUUUGUAACAAAAAACUGUUUACAAUUAUGAAAAGUAAUUAUUGGUCCUUGAAUUUUAAGUCACGAUUGAAACAUCUAACUCUUAAAUUGAAAAGAUCGAAAUAUUGAAUCAAAACUUUGAUAUCUAAUCAUGCCUUUGUCCGAUAGUAAAUAUGUAGAUGUAUACAUUUCUAUGCGUACAAAUGUAGCUAUAUAUUGUGUGAGUUUUAAAUUUUUUCUACAAAAACCAGAGAAAAAGUAUUAGAAAGCUGAUUCUUCUCAUGUAUUGUUUCCAAUUUUGGUCUUAGCGAUGUUUUUGUAUUCCAAAAAGUAUUAAAAAAUUGUCACUGUGUAGACAGAAGAAAAAAUUCACUCAUAAAAAUAUCAACCACAGUCC